AUGAACAUAAACGAGUGGGCCGAUAGGAAAUAUGUGUUGGAAGCUGUUAAACAAGAUGGAUCGGCACUUGAAGAUGCUGAUUCAUCAUUUAAAAAGGAUAGAGAAAUUGUAUUGGAAGCUGUUAAACAAAAUGGGUGGGCACUUCAAUAUGCUGAUUCAUCAUUUAAAAAAGAUAGAGAAAUUGUAUUGGAAGCUGUUAAACGCUAUGGACCAGCACUUGAAUACGCUGAUUCAUUAUUGAAAAAAGAUAGAGAAAUUAUAUUGGAAGCUGUUAAACACUAUGGAUUGGCACUUCAAUACGCUGAUUCAUCAUUUAAAAAAGAUAGAGAAAUUAUAUUGGAAGCUGUUAAACAAAAUGGAUUGGCACUUGAAUUUGCUGAUUCAUCAUUUAAAAAAGAUAGAGAAAUUAUAUUGGAAGCUGUUAAACAAAAUGGAUCGGCACUUGAAGAUGCUGAUUCAUCAUUUAAAAAGGAUAGAGAAAUUGUAUUGGAAGCUGUUAAACAAAAUGGGUGGGCACUUCAAUAUGCUGAUUCAUCAUUUAAAAAAGAUAGAGAAAUUGUAUUGGAAGCUGUUAAACGCUAUGGACCAGCACUUGAAUACGCUGAUUCAUUAUUGAAAAAAGAUAGAGAAAUUAUAUUGGAAGCUGUUAAACAAAAUGGAUAUGCACUUGAAUACGCUGAUUCAUCAUUUAAAAAAGAUAGAGAAAUUGUAUUGGAAGCUGUUAAACAACAUGGAUUGGCACUUGAAUAUGCUGAUUCAUCAUUUAAAAAAGAUAGAGAAAUUAUAUUGGAAGCUGUUAAACAAAAUGGAUUGGCACUUCAAUAUGCUGAUUCAUCAUUUAAAAAAGAUAGAGAAUUUAUAUUGGAAGCUGUUAAACAAAAUGGGUGGGCACUUGAAUACGCUGAUUCAAUAUUGAAAAAAGAUAGAGAAAUUAUAUUGGAAGCUGUUAAACAAAAUGGAUUGGCACUUAAAUAUGCUGAUUCAUCAUUUAAAAAAGAUAGAGAAAUUAUAUUGGAAUCUGUUAAACAAAAUGAAUAUGCACUUAAAUAUGCUGAUUCAUCAUUUAAAAAAGAUAGAGAAUUUAUAUUGGAAGCUGUUAAACAAGAUGGGUAUGCACUUAAAUAUGCUGAUUCAUCAUUUCUAAAAGAUAGAGAAUUUAUAUUGGAAGCUGUUAAACAAAAUGGACGAGCACUUCAAUAUGCUGAUUCAUCAUUGAAAAAAGAUAGAGAAAUUAUAUUGGAAGCUGUUAAACAAAAUGUACGAGCACUUCAAUAUGCUGAUUCAUCAUUUAAAAAAGAUAGAGAAUUUAUAUUGGAAGCUGUCAAACAAAAUGGAUUGGCACUUGAAUAUGCUGAUUCAUUAUUGAAAAAAGAUAGAGAAAUUAUAUUGGAAGCUGUUAAACAAAAUGGAUUGGCACUUGAAUAUGCUGAUUCAUCAUUUAAAAAAGAUAGAGAAAUUAUAUUGGAAACUGUUAAACAAAAUGGAUUGACACUUGAAUAUGCUGAUUCAUUAUUGAAAAAAGAUAGAGAAAUUGUAUUGGAAGCUGUUAAACAAAAUGUACGAGCACUUGAAUACGCUGAUUCAUCAUUUAAAAAAGAUAGAGAAUUUAUAUUGGAAACUGUCAAACAAGAUGGAUAUGCACUUAAAUAUGCUGAUUCAUUAUUGAAAAAAGAUAGAGAAAUUGUAUUGGAAGCUGUUAAACAAAAUGUACGAGCACUUGAAUACGCUGAUUCAUCAUUUAAAAAAGAUAGAGAAUUUAUUUAUUUGCUAUUUAAAUUGAACAAAGAAAAUGCAAGAAAGUUCUCACCUUCUAUAUCCAAAACCAUUGAAGAAUGCUUAAAUAUUCAGAAAAAGCUGUCAAGCAAUAUAAUUGAACAAUACUCCAAAAUAUUUAUGGAUGAAAAAGAUUUAUAUUAUGCUAUUGAAUUAACAAGUCUCUUUAAUCCAACACCAAAAAGUACAAUAUUCAAUUUUAAUCCUAUCUACACACCAAUAUUUGUUGAAAAAUUGAUUAUUUUUCAAAUAUUGAAACGAAUGAACCAUUCAGAAUUGUCUAAUGAUAUUAUUGCUCUAAUUGAUUUACAAAGCACCAAAGCUAACUAUUAUUUAUUUUGUUUCAGAUUGGAUAAAUUUCUUGAAGAUAAUCCUUCUCAAUCAACAAGAAUGAAAGAUUUGAAGAAUAUUGUGGAACAAGUUGCAACAAACUUUGAAACGUCAUUUUAUACAAAACAGGAAAUUAAUGAAAUUAUGAUUUUUGCCAACAAGUGGUUUGAAAAUGAGAAAACAUUUGAUAAUUACAAACAAAUAAUUUGUAAAUAUAAUGAGCUGAGAGGAGAUUUAUCAAAAGUAUUCAAAGCUCUCAAUUAUUUCUAUAAUUAUUUCAAAUAUAAUUAUGAUUUCAUUUCAGUAUUAGGAUAUGGAGGUGAAGGUGUUGCAUUCAAAGUAUUUCACAAAAGUAGUAAAUCAUUAAGGGCAUUAAAAUUAAAAUAUAAUCCAGAGGAAUCUGAAGAAUCAACAAAAGAAACCAUUAAUUUAUUGAACAGAACAGACAUUGAAGGAAAGAUCAAAUGUUUUGAUUGUGAAAUUAUUCAAAAUCAUUUAUAUUCAGUGAUGGAACUUGGAGAGGAAUCAUUAUCAAAUUAUAUUUCAAGAAAUAAUCAAGAUGGAAUUUAUAGAAAUGGAUUCAUUAAUAAGGAAAAGUUGAUUGAAAUUCUUGAAAUAUUUAUCAAAGUAUUGAACUCUGUUCAAUCAAUUCAUGAUCACAAUAUUUUACACAGAGAUUUAGAUCCUCAAAAUAUUGUCAAAGUUCAAGAUCAUUACAAAAUUAUUGAUUUUGAAACAUCAAGAGUUAUCAAGACAGGUAAUUCAAUUACAAUUGCUCGUGGAAAGUUUGCAUACAUGUCUCCUGAAGUUUCACAUGAUAAUUAUUCUGAUGAUUUAUUGAAAAGUGAUGACAAUGAAAAACUUGCUCACAAUGUUGGACAAAUUACCAUUUCAUGUGAUAUAUUUUCAUUGGGAUGCAUUUUGUUGAAAUUAUUAACCAAUUGUCCUUUGCAAUUGUGUGAAAGAUUUGUUAAUGAUCCAGAUGUCUCUAAAUAUAAUGACAAGUAUCCAUAUUUUAGUGGACAUGGAAAAUAUUUCUAUACAGUUGUGACAACAACAGAGGGAGAAAUGAAAUUACAUUAUGCAAUUGAAAAACUAAUCAAUGAAACGAUUAAUGCAGAUUUAGGAGUGAAUAACAUAUUGAUUAGAAGCAUUAUUAGCAUGAUUCAAAGAGAUUCAUCAAAAAGAUUGAAUUGUUAUUCUCACAAGUUAACAAUUAAGAAUAUUUUGAAAUUUUUGAAAGGUGAAAUCAAAGAUAUCACUUUCAAUAUUGAAAAACAAGUUGGAGAAUUGAAGAAAAUCUCACCAUUAAGGAGCUACUCUCAACUUGUAGAGGAAAAUACCAACCUAUUAGAAAGAAUUAAAGUAUUAGAAGAGGAAAAUAGAAAACUCAAACAAAAUUAA